AUGCCCUCGCACCCGACCUCAGCCACGCCAACCAAACCGCCCACCAAGGUUGAUCUGGAAAUCCAAGAAAUCAUCAGGAGGCUGGACCGGCUGGUGCCUGACCACUCAUUCACACACGUGAAUGCCACCACCAGUGCCCAGCACAGUGUGGCCACCCUCCUCCAUCCCCGAGAUACAUACUGUGUCGGGGAAAGGCUCGAGAUCCGGGUGGAGGCCCGGGACCACUGGGGACGCCCCAAGGAGUAUGGCGGCGACUUCCUGAGAGCCAGGAUCUCCACCCCAGCCAGAAAGGCAGGCGCCUCAGGAAGGGUGGAAGACUUCCACAACGGCACCUACCUGGUCUCCUUCACGCUGUUUUGGGAGGGCCGAGUCUCCGUGUCCCUGCUGCUCGUCCACCCCAGCGAAGGGACAUCCGCGCUGUGGAGAGCCAGGAAGAGAGGCUACGAUAAGGUCAUCUUCACAGGCAGUUUCCUCAACGGAUCGUCGUACAUCAGAACUGAAUGUGGCUUAGUUCCUCUUGCAAACACUGAACAGUGUCGGUACCUGGACCAGCGAGACCAAGAAGCGUUUUAUUGCAACAAGCCCCGACUUACGUCUUGCGAUGCUUUGACCCACAUGAUGACCAGGAACAGACCACUUUCAUAUCUGAGCGUUGAAGAGAGAAGUCUCUUUGUCAGAUCCAAAAUAGGUGUUCCCAUCUCGACGACAUUUGGCUCGGUCAACGUUCAGAGUUGUGGCAGGAGUGAAACUGUGACGGAGACCUGCCGUGUCGGAAUGGACUCCCCCUUCCCCAGUGGCUUCGUCUUGGAAAAUGAGUGGAGGUCGGCACUUUGCAGACUGUCCCGUUUAAGCACCCUGAAUGGGACUAUCAACUGCCUGACGGGAAAACUGAUUUACCUCAUGGGAGACUCCACGCUUCGUCAGUGGAUCUACUACUUCCAGAAAUUCGUCACCACCCUAAAAUUGUUUGAUCAUCAUGGAAUUGGAGUUUUCGGGAUACACGUACUUAUGGAUGUUGGGAAACACAUAAAGAUUCAGUGGAAGAAACAUGGAGAACCAUUUGUGACCCAAAAAUUAUAUGAAGUGAAAGACGAUGAAUAUGUCACCCGUGAAAUUGACAAAGUUGCAGGAGACAAACGUACAGCGGUCGUCUUCACUUUGGGCCAGCACUUCCGGCCCUUUCCCAUCAACAUCUUCAUCCGCAGGGCCAUCAAUGUCCGCCGAGCCAUCCGGCGCCUGCUCCUCAGGAGCCCGGAUACCAAAGUCAUCCUCAAGACCGAAAACACCAGGGAGAUGUUGGCAGAGUCAGAGAGAUUCGGCGAUUUUCACGGCUACAUGCAGUACCUCGCCAUGAUGGACAUUUUCCGGGACGUCCCUGUGGGGGUCAUCGAUGCCUGGGAUAUGACUGUGGCGUUUGGCACGAACAAUGUUCACCCUCCCGAACACGUCAUUGGGAACCAGAUUAACAUGUUCCUAAAUUACAUUUGCUAGUGGAUUGGCAUAUAAAAACAAACAAAAUGAAAUCCCAGCCUGGGGCAGACCAUCCAGCUCCUUGCUCUUUUUCCAGCUGUCCUUGAUUCUGUCUCUGGCUGUAGCCCGGGAGAACAUUUGAAGACCUGAUGUAUUGGUCACCUUUGGUAUCCAUCUACCUCUUCCCCUGAGAGGACACAAACUAUUAUUCAUGACUUUGGGAACUCUUCUCAGUCGCUCGAUAGAUUCUGCCGCCUGCAUUCCUGAAGUCCUAAAUCCGCUCAGCUAACUCCCUUUUCGGUAUAAAAGGUUUUCCUCCUUUUGUCCCUCUUCACUUACCCCCAAAUUUCCAUAGGUGCCUCAGUGGUUAGGAUUUAGUAAGUAACAAUUCUAAGGUCACCUUUCCCU